AAGUAACAAAGUUGGACUUUUUGUUUCAGGCGGAUGUUCCCCACUUUACGAAUGUCAUUCACGGGAGUUGACCCCGAGGUUAGGUACAUGGUGCUUAUGGAUAUAGUUCCAGUGGACAAUAAGCGUUACAGAUACGCCUACCACCGGUCAUCGUGGUUGGUGGCCGGAAAGGCCGACCCGCCCCUCCCGACCAGACUUUACAUGCACCCUGACUCUCCCUUCACCGGAGAACAACUCCAAAAACAGACCGUCUCAUUUGAAAAACUGAAACUUACAAACAACAUGUUGGAUAAAAAUGGGCAUAUUAUAUUGAAUUCAAUGCAUAAAUACCAGCCGAGAAUUCACAUCGUGAGAAAGAAGGAGUCGAUCGCUAAUCAGACCUCAAUUACGAGUCUGGAUGCGGAGGAAUUCAAGACCUUCGUCUUUACGGAGAGUGUGUUUAUCGGUGUGACUGCCUACCAGAACCAACUGAUCACUAAGCUGAAGAUUGAUAGCAACCCGUUUGCGAAGGGAUUCCGGGAUUCGACAAGAUUGACAGAGUUUGAAAGUCCAUCAUCUGCCUCUGACCACGUCUUUCUUAAAUACAGAGAAAGUAUGGAGACGUUGAUCCAGCAGCACACAUACGCCCGGUCACCACUCCGGUCUUACACAGACGCCGAGCUGGAGGAGUCCCUAAAACAACACCGGGAGUUCCUUGCCAAAGAAGAGACAGAAAAGCAAGGUAUGCUACCUCAUCCACACUUUCCAAUAUGGCGGCCGAUUCCCUCAUCUGUGAUGGGUUCCUCCGCCGGUGCUGCCUCCUACAUGCCUAAUGACAGUCGAUCACUUUACGCCCUCUAUGGUGGCUUAUUUGGACUUCAUAACUCCAGCUUUGUGUUUCCGACGGUGGCGUUUCAUCCGUUUGUUAGUGCCAAUAAUCUCCGGAUGAGAGAAUCCAUGCCCGGAAGUGUAUCAUACUCAUCGUCUUCGGAAACCCCCGGACUUCCUUAUCCCGCAUCUAUGUACAGAUAUCAUCCAUAUUUAUCACCUGACAAAAUGGCCCAGAAAGGUUCGGACUCCUCGGUGGUGGACAGUUGUCGACCCUAGCAGUUAUAAUCAAUAUAUAUUUGCCAAAAUACAUCGAUAACAUACUCAAUUUACUCUGAAUCAAUUAGCUAAACUAAGUGAUCGAGUUGUAAUAUGUGUUAGCCUCUAGUCGCCAUUCAACAGAAGUUGAUCUUGCCGUUCAAAACGAAGUAAGAAACUCUUCUUUUGAAAUAACUGGUUAACGGACAGUACAUUUAUUUAUAUGUCAGACAGUUAUAUCCUCCGGUUAGGGUGUUGGGUAAAGUAUAGGGUGAACUAUAUCAGCAUUUGUACAAAGAGACAUGUGUUUAUGUGUCUGUGAUUACCCUUGUAUCGAUUUGGAUGCUGAUGGACAACGUUUUACUACAGAAUUACAUUUUGUGCCAUAUAGGACACCAACAAUGAUAAAUAAUUGCUGUGAUACUUUUGUUCAUUAGAUAUAAAUUAUUUGGAGAUAUUUCAAGACUCACUCAUACUGUUUAUAUGAUAAGGUAUGACUUCUGAGAGAGAAAAAAAUAUGACAUGAGUUAUAAAAUAUUAUUAUGCAAGUGUAUUUUACCGUAUUAAUUAGAAAGUUGAGAAAUCAACAUUCAGAUAAUACCGUAGGACACACUCUUCAACUGAGUGGGACAUUAUAGAUAUAUGAAAUGGCAGCCAAUUUCAAAAAUUGUUUGCAUUAGUUAAAACUGAUCAACUCUUAAUUAUAUAGGUGUUUGUUUGUGUAGAUAUUUAUUUGUUUAGUUAUGUGUAUAUAUCUCAAUAACAUGAAAGUGCUUAUGGUGUAUUGCUAAUUGACAACAGUUUAUACACUGUUCAGAUUAUAUACAUCUUAGGAUUGAUCGCAUCAUCAUGUCAAUAAACUACUGACAAUUUCCACAAGUUGUUUAUACAGUUAUUUGGAGAAAAAACAUCACGUCAUUUCAUGCUGAACAUAACAAUUUCAAUUUCUCUUUUUAGCGUUGCCAUGUAAUAUUCUUCUUGUGCCAAAACUGUUUCGCCUCCUUGUGUUUCUAGUAACUCUCAUCCAUUAUUGACAAAAUGUAGGAGACAGGGCUUAGAUUGGUGUUUACAUUGAUAAAAUAUAGGAGACUUAGUGUAAAUCAGUGUUGCGCAUGCCCAGUCUGUAGGACGGUAGUUUCUUGUGUCACGGUAUUAGUGACGAUCUGGUAAUCCUAUUACAGUAUGCACUAUUCAUCGCCAGUAUUGGGGUAAUUCAUCUUGUUUUAAUAUUCACAAGUCAAUGAGAUUAUCAAAAGUGUUUAACAUGUAGUUCCGGUCACUGGACCGCUAAAUGAACUUGUCCAAGAACCAACAAGGCUGAGCUCUGUCAGCUUGUAGCAACACUGUCCUCAAUAAUUGUUACAUUAGUUGUUAUAUACAGUUAGAACAAUUUGUGACUUUCUCUGUUGAUUUUGAUUAUCUACAUAUGUCCACAGUACAAAAUAAACAAAAAAUACAUGCAUUAUAUUGUUUUUAUCGGUCUGCUAGUUUGGAACUGCUAAAUUAAUUAUACAAUAAAUAAAGAUAAUAUUUUGUUUUAUACUAAAAUGCAUUUUUUUUUAAAAUAAGACGAAAAAUACUUGUAACGCCAUUCAAUCAUUAUGUGUUUUAGAUCUCUCCUAUUAGAUACUGUAAGAAGUGACCAUGCUAACAUAACAAUACUUGACUCUGUAGGCGGACAAGCUGUCAGGGUAUGGUCCUUGUCGGAAUGUGUGAAGACUAGAAUUGUAAUGUGUGUUUGUGCUGUGGUAUGGAUUGAUACGAGUUAUAAAAUAAGAGGAAUGCCGAAAUCAGGAGGAAUUAAACGAAAUCAAUGUUCUAUAUGGGGUUUUGUUUAGAUGGUCUAUCAGAUUUCUAUGUAAAUAAAACCGGAUAUUUAUA